AUGUCGCCCACGGGCGACGAAAACCGCUCGGAUGACGACACGUGCCUGUGGUGCGACGCGCGCACGCCGUGCGUGGAACAGGGCUUGUGUUUGGACCCGACGGUGAUCGAUUUUACAUGCGUCGAGUUCGUGGAUGGCUUUGAAACGCGCGCCGGAGGCCCGCUCGACGCCUUCAGGAGCGCGGUCGAGACGCUGAACGACGAGCAAAACAUCUUGCAGUUACAUCCGACGGAGGCGUACUUGAUCGAAGGGGCUCUGGUGGCGAGAGACCCGGUGACGCGGCGCUGGCGCCCGGCGCGGGCGGUGGGACGAGACGCCGACGCCGACGAGAAGAGCUCGAGACACUCGGACGAUUCAGCGGAGAACGGCCGAUUGAGAAUGUUAGAGUUAUUCGCUUCGAUCGGGUGCCCGCCAGAGGCGAAGGAAGCUAGGGAGCGGUUGAUCGGGAGGAAGUGCGAGACGGUGCCGCACGGCGACCACGUAGAUUUCUUAGUCGGCGAGCGAUUGGUGCACUUCGCCGACGCCGAGCACUGCGGCGAUGGGUGCUCGGGGAAGGGAAUGGUACACGUUGAGGAUCAUGGAUCGGUUCGUGUGCUCAGACGUCGAAGAGGCGGUGGGAAAGGAGGGGAUUAUAAGCCGUUUCUGUCCACCUCAGCCGAAUCGCGUGGUGCCGUGGAGUCAAUGGGAGAGACUGCGGCGACCAUAGCUGCCAAGUUAGCGCUCGAGGCGCGAGGUGGGAAUGAACCGAGCACGCGCACAAGACUGAGCGUGAACGGGAUAUGCUGUCCGAGUGAGGUGCCGCUGAUUCAUAAAAUUUUAGGUAAACUCGAGGGCGUGCGAGAGGUCAAGGUCAUCGUGCCGACGAAAACCGUGCUCGUCGAGCACGCUGCGACCGCGGUGAGUGCGGAGACGAUUGUCGAUGCAUUGAACGCGGCGCGCUUGCAGGCGCACGUGAGCGACACCAAGGGCCCGGGCGAGAGCAACAGUAAAGGCGGUCGCGGUCGCGACGGGAUUCGAGGAAACGCGCCGCCGCUCCGAAUUUCGCUCGGAUGGUUCUUCUUCGUUGUGUCGUUGUUUCACUACAUCGGCGGUGAUGCCGAACAUUUAGAAUACGUCGCUCUCGGUUCCGUCGCCGUGGGGCUUCCUGAGAUCGCCAUGAAGGCUUUCGCCUCUUUUCGAAACGGCGUGGUUGACAUCAACACGUUGAUGGCUAUAGCCAUCGUCGGCGCAUGCGCGCUCCGUGACUACGGCGAAGCCGCCGCAGUCGUUGCGCUAUUCACCUUUUCCGAGUGGCUCGAAGCACGCGCAAUGGCGAGAACGUCCCGAGCGAUCGGUGCGGUGUUGGCGUUACGUCCAGAAAUCGCUCGUCGGCGAGGCGACGCCACGCCCGUUGCCGUCGAAGAAAUCGCCGUGAACGACGUGGUCAUCGUUAAACCGGGCGAGAAGAUACCACUGGACGGUGAAAUCAUCAUGGGCGCGAGUGCGGUGGAUGAGAGCGCGCUCACGGGGGAAUCUAUGCCCAUUCAGAAGCGCGUCGGCGAUGCCGUGUACGGAGGCACUGUGAAUCAGGGUGGCGUAUUUGAGGUACGCGUCUCGUGCAUCGCCGAAAACUCCGCCGUUUCGCGCCUCAUUCGCCUUAUCGAAGAAGCACAGGCGUCUAGAAGCUCGAGUGAGGUCGCGAUUGAGCGGUUCGCGCGGGUUUACACGCCCUUGGUAAUCCUCGCCGCCUCGCUCGUCAUGGUGAUUCAGUAUGCGAUGGGCGCUUCUGGCACCGAGCCGGUGUACUUGGCGUGCGUCUUGCUCGUCAUCGCGUGUCCGUGCGCUUUGGUCCUGAGCACUCCCGUUGUCGCAGUCAGCGCUCUCACCUUGUGCGCACAGCGAGGUGUUCUGGUGAAGGGUUCGGCGCAUCUCGAGCGCCUCGGCCGUGUCGAGCGCAUCUUUAUGGACAAGACAGGAACGCUCACUAGAGGUAGUUUCGCCCUCACGUCGAUUCGUUUGGUGCGAGCUCCUCGAAACGGCGGAGACGCACAUCGUCCAGCACUUGGCGUGGGCUCUCUCCUUCGAUGGCUGUGCGCUUUAGAAUCGCGCUCUUCGCACCCACUCGCCAACACAAUUUUGCGCGGUGCUGGAGCGGCUGUUCGUGUCGCCGCUGAGCGGUGUACCGUCGAUGAUUUCGAGACGAUCGAUGGACAGGGUGCAAGGGCGACGGUUGAUGGAAAGUGUGUCGAGGUCGGAAACGGUGAUUUCGCAGCCGAGCGCGACUGGGAUGAAAGCGACGUAGAGCUCACGAAGACAGCGAAGCGAUGGGAAAAAGAAGGCGGCACCGUCCUCUGGGUUGGUGUCGACGGAAUCCUCGCCGGCGUAGUUCGAUGCGAUGACGUUAUUCGCCCCACUGCCGCGAAGGCUGUCGCGGAUCUACGUAAAAUGGGCGCGACGCCAGAGAUGAUCACCGGAGACAACCCGGGAGCGGCUGCUUUCGUCCGUGAGCAAGUCGGUUUGGAUGCCACUCGCGUUCGAGCGUCGCUCAAGCCUCAGGACAAGCUCACAAUAAUUGGUGAAGCAAUCAAAGAGUUAGAAAAUAAAACGUCGAAGCUCGAGAUGCGGGUGUUCGGCCGAGGAACGGUCGCGAUGGUCGGAGAUGGCAUCAACGACGCGCCCGCGCUCACCGCUGCGGAUGUCGGCGUUGCUAUGGGCGUUGCCGGCGCCGCAGCGGCGAUGGAAACCGCGGACGUGGCGCUCAUGACGAACGAUCUUAAUCGCGUGGUCGAACUCAUCGCCCUCGGGAAAACGUGCGUGAGGAAAAUUCGCCAAAACGUCACGUUUUCUGUCACCACGAAGCUCAUUGUGCUCGUGCUCUCUAUCCUCGGCUACACCGGGUUGUGGCAAGCCAUCGCGGUGGACGUCGGUGUUUCGUUGUUGGUUAUCCUGAACGGUAUGAGUAUUUUACGCGACGAAGGCAAAAGUGAUGAAGACGGAGAGCUCGCGACGGUUCAAUGCGUCGGAGAGCUUGCUCGUCAACAAGAAGAAUCCGAGCGCGAGGCCGCGGCGCUCAUCGCGAUGAACGUUGUGACUACGGAUGCGGCUGUCAAGAGACCGGCACCGCUGGCGAAGUUACCGUUCGCGCUUCCACCACCUAAAGUGACGUCGCAUCGGCACUGA